UUCCUUGAGACUACUGGUACGAAUCAAAGAUCCUUCGUCAGACCUGAAAGAUCCUCGAGACUACUGAUACGAAUCAAAGAUCCUUCGAAAGUUCUAUCAAACUUCGCCACAGUCGUGUCACUGUGUGCCAAAGUCCCUCACAUCAUUCUUGAGCCCGUUAUCUCUGUGCAACCUUUCUGGAUAUUGCCCAAGCCGAUAUCAAUCAUCCUACAAAAAAAGCUUUCAAAAUUUGCAUCAUCUGCACCAUGACUUCCAUGCAGCAAGAUCAUGUCGUCCUUCUUGUGGAUACAUCUUUCUUUGAGAACCUCCCAGCCUGGGUGACUGACAACUUUACAGUCACCCCUGGCGGCUACCACGACGGCCAGGUAUCUCGCAACAAACUCGUCAUCUUUGCCGACGGCAGCUACUUGGAGUUUUUCAACUGGUACGACACACCACCAUCUCUCGACAACGAGAAGCUAUCCAUGAGAUUCUGGGGACCCAAGAAACCAGGCCUGAUCGACUUUGCCAUCACUUCCACACGCCAAACUGCCGAGCAAUCGGUCGAAGCCGUCAACCAGCACUUACGCGAUGUCCCCGGACGCGAUGCAGAUCUCGGCGUCAAGUUCGGCACGCCCAUCCCCGGCUCACGCAAGAAAGCGGACGGCGUGGAAAUCAAGUGGAAAGUGACACGCCCGGACUUUUCCACGGGCGCGAAGACGCCUGGUCCAGAGCUGUUCGCCGACGGCAGGAUCGAUGUCCCGUUCUUCUGCCACGAUGUCACCCCGCGAACAGACAGAGUCCCGAGUCACGACCAGAACAAGACAACACAUCCCUGUGGAGCCACCGGCAUUGCUGCCUGCGAGAUCCUGGUCCCCAAGCAUCUACUGGCCGAAUAUACUCUGGUGUAUUCCAAGAUUCUGGGCUUGCAGCCGGAAACUGCCGCUGGGCUGAGCUCGCACUCCCUCGAUAUUGGUGUGCCCCAGGGCUCUUCUCGCUCCGUCGUGGUGGUGCGCGCUGCUGAGACUGAGCAGGACGUUAGGCGUAUGCAGGAGCGGGGAAUCGGGUUCUCCGAUUUGGUAAUAGCUGUUAAGCCUGAUGGCUCUGGUCGCGAGACGAGGCGCUCGCUGGGCUCCGCUGGUAUCGAGUCCACCAUCUGGCUGGAGGGUUCAGGCGGAGCUUGA